AUGAGCAGAACAACGAGAGGUCUGAAAGAGGACAAGGUGGGACCUUUCUUCUUAGCCACUUUGUUGCUUUGGUUUGUCUCAGUCCUGUUCGAAAUACUCUUCCACCGGCAGUUAGAGCUGCUCGCCAUUGUUGCCGGCUGCUUCUUUUACCAAUUGGCCAACUGGGUUGUUCGCAGUUUCGUCUCUUGUGACCCUCUCUUUGUCAACACCUCCGUUUCUCUCCUCCAUUCCUCCAUAACUUCCGCUUCAGUGGUAUUCAUUUUGGUUAAUCAGUGUUUAAGAAAUGGUUCGGUUGGAAUGUUUGAGCACUCGGAGUUGGUUGGACAUACUUGGCCAUGGGCAUACCCAGCUUUGUGCUUCUCAUGCGGUUACUUUGCAUAUGAUCAGUGCGAUAUGCUGCAUUAUGGGUUAUAUAGUGGUUGGAUCCCUUCCAUCUUGAUGCAUCAUUUGGUUCUCCUCAUUUACCUUACUCUUGCUUUGUAUCAGAAUGUCACCAUCAAUCUUACUCUCAUUUGCAAGCUGCUUUCUAUCUUUCUACAGGUGAGGAAAGCAUGGCGGAUGGCUGGCAUUCGUGACGCUAGAAGCAAAAUUAUAAGGGCAGAGUGGGUUCUUAAUUGGGUAACCUUCAAUUUCGCAAGGACGGCAGCUCACCUUCUCAUUACAGCCAAGCUCUUCUGCGAUGCUCCAAAAUUCGGAAAGGGUAUAGAGCUGCCGCUUGCGCUGUUUGGGAUGUUCGGAAUGAACUUUCUGAAUGCUUCUCUUGGCAUUGACCUCUUCCAUGCCUUCAAGAGAGAGGAAUUCUCAACAUGCUAAUGCUCAUCAUGAAUGACAAGGCCGAAACAAAGAGUUGAAAAUAAUUUUGGCUUCUGUUGUUUAAUUUAAUUGAUUUUGCACAUGAAAUCAUCGUCGUUUCUUUGAGAAA